AUGGCUCAUGCAAUGAGAAAGGCCCAGCGGUCUCUCUCGCAGUUUGCGCCUUUUGCCGAUGAAAGUGUGAGGUCUCCGCUUUCUGGAGACGAGGAAAGCUCUGGAAGGACAGCAAAGUCCACAUUUUCGGAGCCCUCAAAGUCUCAGCUUGAUGGAGACGAGUUGGGUGAAGCGUCCAGUACGCAUGUCUCCAGCGAUGAGGAUCUCGUACUUACGCCUCGUGAGAUACAAGACGAGCCCGAAAAGGAACAGCCGAAAAUCCCAUCGAAAGAGGAGGUUCUGCGAAGAUUGAAAGACCUCAUUGAAAAUGAAUUCAGUCUGGAAAUUUUGCUGAAACAUAGAGAGCUGGCUAUGAUUGACGAAGAAAUCAACAAAUGUGAGGCCCAGAUGAUUGCCCUGAGAAACCACUAUGCCAUUCAACCCACUGAUAAACUGGAGCAAGAGCCUACGGACUUCACCGAGAAGUACUCAGGCCUACUAACAAAGUACGACGAGACGCGGAAAAGCAUACAGGCAAUUCCAGGCUAUGAGCCUACUGGUGACUUUGCGUUUGAUAACUCGCUCGAGUCUACGUACAGAACGAGAUCGCAAACGUCAUCAUUGAGGCCUUCAGGAGCAAAACUUUCGCACGCAAACGAAUGCAUAUAUAGGAGAUCUGACGGAGUGUUGGUGAAAUUGACCUGUAUCAAUUGUCAGAGGUCCAACUUUUCUAGUGCCCAAGGGUUUUUGAACCACUGUCGUAUAGCCCAUGGACGGGAGUUUACAUCACAGGAUAACGCGGCGUUGAUCUGCGGUGAGAUUCUGCCAGACGAAGAGCAGGACAAAGAUGGAAUGGAAACGGUCGUUCAACUUCGUGCAGAUAAUUUGGACCCCAACAAGAAUUUGGCCAGGCCUCAGAUACAUUUUGACAACCCGCUGCCACCGGCGCCAGUUUCCGCGCAGAGCACGGUCACCACGUCCAGUGGCGAUGCUGAACCCUCAACUCCAACCCCAGACCUUGGUGAUGUAUCAACCGCUUCCUCGGUGGGGAGCAACAACCCGUUGAAACGUAAGGCCAAAAAGGGAGGCCUGGCCUCCAAGAUCCCAAGGACAGCAGAACACCUGAAGCUCAAAUUCCAAAACAUGUUGAAAGGCGAUGGCAAGUUCGAAGAACUGCUCACAGAUGUUACCACUGGCGUUGAAAACCCUCAUCUUUUCGAGGAUGAAGAGGAGAUCACAGAGGCUGACAGACAAGAGGGCGAGAAGCUCAGGAAAACCAUAGAAGACACUAAAAACGUGCUCCAGGAGGCCAAAAAGCUAAAUUUGGACGUUGACGAGUACCUCAAAUCUGCAAUGGAGAGGCAUGAGAACCCAAAUGUCGAUAUUGAAGCUGGAAAGCCCAUCAAGUCCAGGUUUAACAGGGGACGCAGAAAGUCCAGAGGCGGGGUUGGAAUAAGGAGAGUGACUAUAAUUCCGCCUGAAGAAGAGGUCUCGUCCCCUUCUGGAGGAGACGGAAGCAAAAGCUCGACUCCAACCCCAUCGUUACCUAGGGUCAAGCCAAAGACUGAGAAGUUGGAGCCGGUGAGUUCUCCAGAUGCUAUCGAAUCGGAGAAGCCGAACACCCCAUCGGAACCAGAGCACUAUAAUCUCAGAUCUACCAGCAAACGGUCCUCCAGAGUCUCCUUCUCCGCUGUUGAUGCUGCUAAGGUGGAUUCUAAGAAAAGAUAA